AUGAAACCAAUUUCAGCAGAGUCCAUAAAGAAUCACUGCAUUUCCAUAUCCAAAACCAAGCAAGCUCACGCUCUCCUCCUUCGGACCCACCUCUUCUUCAACAACCGCUUCACAAGCAAGCUCAUCAACUUCCUCGCCAUUUCCGAAUCCGGGUCUCUCUCCUACGCCCGAAAGAUCUUCUCCCAAAUCCAUGACCCGGACUCCUAUAUCUGGAACACCCUCAUCAGGGGCUAUUCAAGAAGCCACAACCCACAUGAAGCUUUGUCCUUUUACCAAUUCAUGCUGGUUUCCGGGUUCCGACCCGAUAACUAUACCUACCCUUUUGUGUUUGGGGCAUCUGGUCGCUUGCAGCAGCUUGACAUGGGUCGGAGGUUUCACUCUGAGGUUUUGAGAAAUGGAUUUGGGUCGGAUUUGUUUGUGGUUAAUUCUUUGAUUCAGUUUUAUGGAAAUUGUGGAUCCAUUAACUGUGCCUGUAAGGUGUUUGAUGGAAGUACUAUUAGGGAUGUGGUGACUUGGAAUAUGAUGAUUAAUGCUUAUGUUGUUAACCGGUUUUAUAGGAAAUCGUUUGAUUUAUUUGAAGAUAUGAUGGAUUUGGAAGAUAUUAAGCCAGACGAUAUAACAAUAAUUAGCUUGGUUUCCGCUUGUACCCAAUUGGAUGAUUUGGAUAGUGGAGACCUACUUUGUUGUUAUUCAAAAGAACUUGGUCUGGAUAGAAAUCUGAAUGUGUGCAAUGCAAUUCUGGAUAUGUAUUGCAAAUGUGGUGAUUUGGAAACGGCGACAUUGGUGUUUGAUUCAAUGGAAGAACGAGAUGUUUUGUCAUAUACUAGUAUGCUGUCAGGAUUGGCAAACUCAGGUUAUUAUCAAGAAUCAUUAGCCUUGUUUCGGAAGAUGCAGUCUGAGAAAAUCCAACCUGAUGAAAUCAUGCUCGUCAAUGUUCUUUCAGCUUGUGCUCAGACUGGAGCUUUGGACCAGGGCAACUACAUUCAUCUCUUAAUAGAUAGAUUCAAAAUAAACUGUGAUAUUGUGCUUGGAACUGCUCUGGUCGAUAUGUAUGCAAAGUGUGGAGCUUUACAUUUAGCGCUACAAGUAUUUGAAAAGAUGAGAACAAGAAACAUAUUCACAUGGAAUGCAAUGAUUGGAGGGCUAGCAAUGCAUGGUCACGGCAAAGAGGCAAUCAUACUGUUCGAUCAGAUGAAAAGCAGCAAAGUGGUAAUGCCUGAUGAUGUAACAUUCAUUGCAUUGUUAUGUGCAUGUAGUCAUGCAGGAAUGGUCAAUGAAGGUCUAGAAAUUUUUAAAACAAUGAAAGAAAGUUUUCAGAUUGAGCCGAGAAUAGAGCACUAUGGAUGUGUGGUGGAUUUGUUAUGUAGAGCAAGACUUGUUGAGGAUGCACUUGCUUUCUUAGAGAGUAUGCCUCUGAAAGCUAACUCUGUAUUGUGGGCUACUCUUUUAGGAGCUUGUAGAACUGGUGGGCAUUUUGAGCUUGCGGAGAGGGUAGGAAAAAGGUUGAUUGAGUUGGAACCAGAUUCGGGUGGGAGAUAUGUGAUGUUAUCAAUUCUGUAUGCAGGUAAAAACCAGUGGGAAAAUGCAUUAGGUUUGAGAAAACAGAUGAAAAACAAAGGAAUUGAGAAGACACCGGGUUGCAGUUGGAUAGAGUUCAAUGGUCAAAUUCACCAGUUUGUUGCUGCCGAUCGUAGCCACGCUCAAACAGAAGAUAUUUAUACCAUGUUGGAGGAGAUAACUCAAAGAGUUCAUUUUGAUGGAGUUGAUGAAGCAAUCAUUGAGAGAGAAUAA